UUAGCCAAAAAAAAAAAAAAAAAACUUUCAUUUGAAAAUUUGCAAAGUUUCUGGGCUCCCCAGCAGAGUAUCAACUAUCAAGUCAACUUUAUUUCCUCAGUUAACCUUUAAAUCCUCAUUUCCGUUAUAGUUAUUUGUUCAUUAGUUGAAAACUGAGUAGACAAGAAAAUGUUUGUUAAGCUUCAGAACAUAGAUACAAGUUCCUUCCACAAACUAUGUCCUGGACAAGCUCCAAUUACCAGUGUUCCAAUUUCCAUUUCUCCCCAAGUUAGCACAUUUCAGCACCAACCCAUCAAGAAACAACACCUAAUUGUUGAAAAUUCAGACGGGGUUGGUAAAACAAGCAGCAGAAGUAUUGGAAAAACUGUAGAAGGUGAUGGCGCAAGCAGUGCCCACCAUGUGUUUGUGAAAAAGUCUGAGAGAAAUAAGGAAAGCAUUGGUGAAAUGGACAAAAUAAGGGAGUGUAAUGGUAAAUUUAGGGACAGGGAGAGAGUGCACGCCAAAUGGGCACGUUAUGGGGGUCGCAUUGUCCCUAUGUUGGAGGCUUUGGAAAGAGUUAAGGAUUUGGAUGAAGCGUUGAGGCCAUGGAAAGAGACUUUGAAUAAAAAGGAGAGGACUAUAAUUUUGAAGGAGCAGACGCACUGGAAACGAGCUUUGGAGAUUUUCGAGUGGUUUAAGAUGAGGGGUUGUUAUGAGGUGAAUGUAAUUCAUUAUAAUAUAAUGCUUAGGAGUCUUGGGAGAGCAGGGAUUUGGGAUGAGGUUGAGAGGUUGUGGGAUGAGAUGGGGACAAGAGGUAUUACUCCGAUAAAUUCGACUUAUGGGACCUUGAUUGAUGUUUAUACCAAGGGUGGACAUAGGGAGAAGGCACUAAAUUGGUUUGUUUUAAUGCAAAAACAAGGAAUGGAACCGGACGAGGUAACUAUGGGAGUUGUGGUUCAAAUGUAUAAGAAGGCUGGGGAGUUUCGGAAAGCUGAAAAUUUCUUCAAGAAGUGGUCAGCAGAUAAAUUUUAUGAAGAGAAGCGAGCACCUAGUUUGGCAACAAAUGGUGCUGUUGAUGGUGAAUCUCAAGCUCAUAUUUGUCUAAGCUCUUAUACAUAUAACACACUGAUAGAUACCUACGGGAAGUCUGGACAACUUAAAGAGGCAUCCCAGACUUUUGCAUGGAUGCUUCGAGAAGGGAUUGCCCCGACCACAGUGACUUUUAAUACAAUGAUUCACAUGUUCGGUAACCAUGGCAAAUUAGAAGAAGUGGCUUCUUUACUGCAGAUGAUGGAUCAGCUUGGAUGCCUACCUGAUACCAGGACUUUUAAUAUUCUUAUAUCCCUCCAUACCAGGCAUGAUAAUAUUGAAUUAGCAGCUGACUACUACAGGAAAAUGAAGGAUGCUUCCCUAGAGCCAGACCUUGUAAGUUACCGCACUCUCUUAUAUGCAUUCUCAAUAAGGCAUAUGAUUGGUGAAGCAGAAGAACUAGUUUCCGAAAUGGAUGACAAGGGUUUCGAGAUUGAUGAGUAUACGCAGUCUGCACUAACCAGAAUGUACAUAGAAGCUAAUAUGCUUAACAAGUCAUGGGCAUGGUUCCACAGGUUUCAUGUUCAGGGGUAUAUGACUUCGGAGUGCUACUCGGCGAAUAUUGAUGCUUUUGGGGAGCGGGGUCAUGUUCUGGAAGCCGAGAAAGUUUUCAGAUGUUGUCUUGAGAAGAGUAAUCCUACUGUACUUGAGUUCAACGUGAUGAUCAAGGCAUAUGGUCUCAACAAGAGAUAUGAUGAAGCAUGCCACUUAAUUGAUAGUAUGGAGGGACAACAUGGUGUAGUUCCAGAUAAGAUUAGCUAUAAUUCUCUUAUUCAGAUGUUAGCUAAUGCAGAACUGCCACACAUAGCAAAAUCCUAUUUGCGGAAGAUGCAGGAGGCCGUAGUGGUCAAUGAUUGCAUCCCUUAUUGUGCAGUUAUUUCAAGCUAUAUUAGAUUAAAUCAACUGGAAGAGGCUGUCGGUGUAUUCAGAGAGAUGAUCGCUUCGAACGUCCAUCCUGAUGUUAUUGUUUAUGGUGUAUUGAUAAAUGCUUUUGCUGAUGUUGGAAAUGUCAAUGAGGCUUUAGGUUAUGUAAAUGCAAUGAGAGAAAUGGGCUUGCCCAUGAAUGAUGUUAUAUGUAAUUCCUUAAUGAAGCUCUACACAAAAGUUGGUUGCCUGAAAGAGGCAGAAGAAGCAUACCGUAUGCUUCUGUCAUCAGACAUGGGUGCUGAUGUCUAUCCGUCAAACUGUAUGAUCGAUCUGUACAGCGAACGAUAUAUGGUUGAACAAGCAGAAGAAAUUUUUGAAAACUUGAGGGUAAAGGGGAAAGCAAAUGAGUUCUCAUAUGCUAUGAUAUUGUGCAUGUACAAAAAACUUGAAAGAAUAGAGGAUGCCAUACAGGUAGCAGAGAAGAUGAAAGAAUUAGGGGUUUUGACUUCUUUGUUGAGUUAUAAUCAUGUUCUUGGGUUGUAUGCAUCAGAUGGGAGAUUCAAGGAAGCAAUGAAAACUUUUAGGGAAAUGUUGGAAUCUGGUGUGCAACCUGAUGCUUCUACAUUAAGAUCACUAGGAAUUGUUCUUGUGAAAAGGGGAGUUCCCAAGCAAACUGUUAACAAUCUAGAAGUGAUGUGGAAAAAGGAUCAGCAUAACGGUUUAAAGGAAUGGACGAAUACACUGUAUUCAAUGGAUGUGAAAGCUGAUGAUGACGAUGAAACAUUUAUUGCUGAUUAUGCAUAACCAUUAACCACAUCCUAUAAGGAUUUUUCUGAGCUCAAAAGGAAGAUUUACUAUGUAGUUUGUAGGAGGGAAGGUAACUUUACUAAGGCCUUGUUGUAUGCUUUAAUACAAUCAUAAAGGAUGUAGUUUUCUUUGCUCGUUUAUAGUAUAUGGCCGGUGAUAGAAGUCGAUGCCAAAUUUAAUAUGUAUUAGUGAUUUAAGUAGAAUCUGUAAAAGUUGGCCAGUUGGAGGUGUAUAGAUAAAUAAUUUUACGUGGAAGUUGUUUAAACAUUUAGCUUCUUGUAACAUCCUUCCAGGUCGUGGAUAUUUUGUGCUUCUGUUAUUCAUCUCGGCUUUAUGGGGAAUCUAUGACGGAGGUGCAUAAUAUACUUUCAA